UGCCGCGGCGGCCCGCCCGCGCUCCCCGGCUCGCUGCGCCCGCCCGCCUCUCCCUCUGUGCUGGUUCUCCGCGGCCCGUGCCGUCGGCGCCCCGUCGCUCCCGCCGCCCGCCCUGCCUCUCCUGGCCGUCCGGUGGCGGACUCCGGCUCGGCCUGCCCGGUGAAGUGAGGUCCCUGGCCGGCUCCCUGGAGGGAGCGGCGUUGCCCCGCGCUACGACAGCCUCAGCCUUCGCUGUCUUCGCGCUGUAGUCGCCGUGGUCUUGGACUAAGCCGAAUGAAAGAAAAUUCCGCUCCUCCCGCACUUAGAUCCGUUGUUGCUCGCUUGGUUGUUCUAUCUGAGAAUUAGCUUGGCGAGAGUGGAUGGAAUCGUCGUCUUAGCAGGUCCCAUAGCCACCUUCUAGCCCUUUCUACAGCCUGCUCAGUUCAGGAACUCAAGCCUGGGAGGAUGGUGUGCAUUCCUUGCAUCGUCAUUCCAGUUCUGCUCUGGGUCUACAAAAAAUUCCUGGAGCCAUACAUAUACCCUCUGAUUUCCCCCUUUGUUAGCCGUAUGUGGCCUAGAAAAGCUCUUCGAGAAACAAAUGAUAAAAACAAAGGCAAAGUAGACUGUAAGGGUACAGACAUAAACGGAUUACCAACGAAAGGAUCAACGGAAAUCGCCGAUAAAAAGAAAGACUAAAGUGAUUGUUCCAAAGGAUUUCACUGUUUUAAAAAUGGACCUGAUAAUAUGAAGCACCUUGCUUGUAAUUCUCUUACCUUUUUUCUCUGAGACCAGAAAUCGAGAUAGCUUAGAUACUUACCUGAUAUACUUACCUGAUAUGUAUCAGGAAAUACAUAAUUAUAUUUAAAAUGUGUUGUUCUAUUUAAUGAUCUCAUUCUGAGUUCCUGUUUCAUUAAGGUAGCUUUCAUUUCUGUUACUGCAGUUAUGAAUAAAUAGAAGGUUUAUGCCAGUAGACACUGCUACUAAAUCCGUACUAGAAGGUCCUUGGGCCUCUAGCUCUUGUUCAGGCUCUGUGAAUUUGAGCAGAGUGUGAUGUUACUGUGAAACUGUGGAAUGAGACCGCGCUGUGAAAGGAAAGGGAGUUUGGAGAGAUGAUGAGGACUCGAAAUAUGAAGAUAGAAUUCCUGUCCAACACAACGGAGCAGCCUGCUUGGGCGUGUAGUAAUUACUCUUACUGCUCUGAGGAGGGUAGUGUAGACAUGACAGGGAGAUCAGGGAAACGCCUUUGAAUUUUUUACAGAAUAUACCUAAUGUAUAUUAUAAAAUCCUAAUCUUUGUUGCAUUCCUUCUCUUCUUACAAAUUAAAUUAAAUAUUCAGUUUACUUGUUCUUUUUUCUUUCACAGUUUAAAUAUUUUAAGUGGAUAGUUUUUGCCCCAUCAGAAAGCAGAAUUACAGUGUAAUAACAUCUGGAUAGUUGUGAAGCAACAAUCUUUUUUUCUUUUUUUAAAGAAUAGAUUGGGGCAGCCGGAGUGGCUCAGUGGUUUAGCGCCGCCUUCAGCCCAGGGCAUGAUCCUAGAGUCCCAGGAUCGAGUCCCACAUUGGGCUCCCUGUGUGGAGCCUGCUUCUCCCUCUGCCUGUGUCUCUACCUCUCUGUCUCAUGAAUAAAUAGAUAAAAUCUUUAAAAAAUAAAAAUAAAGAGCAGAUCGUA